UUAAAAUCAAAAUUAUGGAGUUACAGUUAAACACUGGUGAGGUUGAAAAUCUAUCAAAAAACCCUUCACAAGCAAGUAACAUAUUUAAAACCCAUUCCCCAAGGCUAUACAGAUCAUUUGAGAGAGAGGGUCAUUGUUCAAACAAAAAAGGACGAGAUUUUAAAUUUGAAUCCAAACAGACACAUCCAGCUCACUCAAAAAUUUCGCAAAGUUUUAAUUUAUUUAACAAACGGUUAAUUCUCGAUGAUUCUUUGGAUUCAAGUGAUUCUAUUGAUGAGGACGUCAAUACAAACACUGAGUCCUUUACCUCUAUUGGACUUCAAAGUGAGAUUAAAUCUGAGCACUUUGAUAUCCCAGAAAAUAGUGAAAGAGAUAUUGGUAUAGAUGAUGAUAUCAGCCAUAUUGAAAAAUGUCAUGAAAACUCUCAUCAAGGUUCUGAUUUCUGCUUUAGCCCAGAUUUUAAGCCUCGGACUCGGAGAAAUCUUGCUUGUCAUAAUCAACUCCUCUCAAAGAUCUUGCUGAUAGAUCAGAAAAAGGUGGUCACUAAUCCACCAAAAGUAGAAGACCAAUAUCAAAAUCUUGAGCAAGAAGAGGUUGGAUGCUCUAUUUUUGACAAUUUUAGUCAAUUAGGGCCUAGAAGGACAGUGCUAAACCCUAAAAUUAAUUCAUCACCUACUCCAUUAUGCACAGGACAUGAGGUAUAUUAUUUGUUUCAGUAUCAUCGGAUCGACCAGCCAAUAGAUUGGCUCUUCUUGCCUGAAGAUCCUUCUAUCCUGCUACAGUUACUCAGUGACCAGCAGGUAAUCUACGCUGGAAAUAUUUUAUCAAUGAUAACGAGUAAUAUGCCAGACUCUGAAAUAAUGCCGUGUUACCUCGCCUUCAAAGGAAUGAUUGCUUUAUUCUCUUCUGAUUUCUUGACUGCAUACAACUACUUUCACAAAGCUUCUAUUAUUGAAGAUAACCUCUUAUUCUUGUUCUGGAAAGCAAUCUGAAUGUUUUACAUCUGGAUGCAGAGCGAGACUAGCGAGGAUCGCCAGGCCUUAAGAAGACUAGUUGGCAAAUUCGACACUUUAUCUCAAUUCAAUAUCAACAUCAAGUGGAUCAUCCUUAAAAUCAGGCUUUAUGAAUACUCAUGAAUUGAAACUUCAGAGAAACGUUUCCGGAAAACAAGAGAUUCUGCUCUGGAGAUCAAAUCACUUAAUCAGUAUUUCGGAAGAAUUGCUCAAGCCGAGAUCUACGCGGUUGUUGGCAAGAUGGAUAAAUGUAUGCACACCCUUCACAAUUGUGUGCAAUUAGAGCCUAAAAAGGUGCAUGCUUAUAUCCGGCUGUAUCAUUACAACAGAAAAGUUGAAGAACCUCGGAAUAUUUAUGGAAGUUUUACACAAAUAUGCCAGCUUCUUGAAGCCUCUGCUAGAAAAUUUGAUCAGCAGAAUGAAAUUAGGCACCGUCUGAUGACUCUUCUAUGCAUCAGAGCCUGAGUUGUUGAGGGUCAAAUAGACCAGGCUAUUUCUAUAAUCAGAGAGAGAUACACUGAGGAUAGUGACAAACUUUCACUUCUAAUAGAAUUUGCAAAAAUUGUAACUGAAUUUGGAAACACCCAAUAUCUUGGAGAGGCUUUGGGAGCUCUCGAAGAAGUUGAAAAGAGAGGAUGAACAGAGAGAAAUAGAGAACUCUAUUUCCUAAUGGCCCAAAUAGAAGUCCUUAGAGGUAACAUUAUGGCUGGCUAUAAGCUAUUUAUGACCGCUCUCUGAUAUCUCAAUCCUUUAUCUGACCAAACGAAGAUAGAUUACAUAAAAUCAUUUAUCUGCCCAUACAAAGAGAAUAUUACGAAAGUUAUUGAGUUGGAGAGGCUCUUGGAAAAUAAUACUGUUCUCUCCCACCAGCAAUAUGAGGAAGCUGUUAAAGGACUCGAAUUGGUACAACCUGUCGACAAGAAGUACUGAGACCUACUUCAGCUAAAACUUCAUGCUAGAGUCAUUAAAGAUUCAGGCAUAUUUAUUAAUAUGAUUGAUGAGGCAUACAAGCAGCGUCACUCAGAUAUAAAUCUCUGAAUUUUUAACUUAGAGACCGUCUUUGAACACCAAGACCUUAUUACAAUGGUUUACUUAAGGGAUCAACUCAUGAUCUUAAUCGAAGAUAAUAAGACCAUAAGCACUUCAGAGUAUAUUCGGGCAUUAGACCUUAUCUAUCGUACUUAUAAUUUCCAAGGAAAGUAUAGGAACGCCAUUGAAAUUCUGGAUCGUAUAAAUUCCUGACUCCCGAGCUUACCAGAAGACCAAGAGUUUGAGAAGUACAGGCGGCUUGUACAUGCAUCUCAAGACCAGAUCUUUGACGAUACAAUGUCUUGCACCUCUAAAAAUAGCUUUCUCGGUGAAAUAGAUUUUACUCAGAUAGAGAAAAUAAACAUCUCAAGAUUGAUUAUGAAAGAAAAUAAAGAGCUUGACUAUGAUCCCUCAGGGACUUCAGAGGUCGACCUCGAUGAAUUCACAGAAUGAACCAGGGAGACCCUUGUUGCGAAUACCCAUCAGACUUUGUUUAAUGAUGAACAAACAGCCGAAAAUUUGCUCAAAGUUACUGACAAUUUCACCGAAUUUGAGUCUGUAAAUAUUCGCGAAAAUAACGAAAAUGCUAACGAACCAAAUUUAUCGAAUUCAAAUUCUAGCUUUGAUAAUACACGAAAAUGAUCCUUUGAUGAAGACUUACCUUUUGGAACAAAGACAACAUUCAGAACCUUCUCAGAUCCUAAAUAUUUGCUUGAAAAGGGAAAACUUUGUUGUAAAAUUAUCAGAGAUUUCCAUGCUAAGUUGUCCUCCCAACAGGAAAAUUACGAAACUGAGCUUCUUGAGCAGACUAGUUUAGGACAUACUCUUGAUGUUCAAGUGAUAUUUAAUCUAACAUCAAGAGAUUACAAAGAACUUCUUGAGGAAGGACUUGAAGCUCUUGUUGAAUUCCUUCUCAACUUGCUCUACAGGAAACAGUAUUACAGAGAUGAAGGGUUUGAAGCAAAGAAGGAAACAGUCUUCUUUUGGAUCUCUAUUUGUCUUUACAGACUAAAUCGGCAUGAAGAGUCCCUUGCCAUUAUCAGAAAAUAUUCCCACAACUGGAACCAUAAUAAAGAAUUUAUCAACUGUAUCAAGAAGGAUAUGGUCGAUGAAGAGACUGGAUGAAGCGAAAGCUCUUUCUAAUCUAAGAGCUUGGAUAAAUCAAUCACUUUA